AUGCUUGGCUUUCUUCCCUUUAACAUUACAUUCCAUCGUAUCGUCUGCCAUUCUUUUUCCUCUCUUUUUUUUUUUUUCGUUCUUCCAUUCAUCACUCUUUCUUUCCAUAGUAUUUCCUUUUCUUUUCGUUUCGUAUUUUCUUCAAUUCUUAUUCAUUUCUCGAUUUUCAUUUUAUUUCUUUCUUUCCAUAAUAUUUUCUUUAUCUUUUUGCAAUAUCUUUUUCAUUUGCUUUUAUUUUGUAUUUCUUUAUAUUUUUCAUUUUCUUUUCUUUGUCUGAUGCUGUUUGCUUUAGUCUUGGUUUCUUUCUCCUCAAUAUUUUCUUUCUUUUUAUUUUCUUUCUUUUUGUCUUUUUCUUUUCUUCUUUCUUUCUUAGAAACAUAUUAUUUUCCCUUUUCCGAUUUUCUUACCCUUUUUUCUUUAUUUAUUUUUCAAUAUUUUCUUUCUCCUCUUUCAAUUUUACUUAAUUCGCACUUUCAUUCAUUCUUUCUUUCUUUCUUUCUUUCUUUCUUUCAUAGAACGAUAUAUCUUUUUUCUUUCAUUCGUUCUUUCAUUUCUUCUUUCUUUCUUAGAACGACAUGGUUUUCUUUUUCCCGAUUUUCUUGCCCUUUCUUUUUUCUUUAUUGUUCUAUAUUUUCUUUCUUUCUUUCUUUUUUCUUUCUUUAUUUCUUUCUUUCGUUCUUUUUCUUUUUCCCGAUUUUCUUAACCUUUCUUUCAUUAUUUAUCUUUUCAAUAUUUUCUUAUUACUUCCUUUCUUUCUUUCUUUUUCUUUCAUUCCUUCUUUUAUUACUUCUUUCUUUCUUAGUAGAAUAUAAUUUUCUUUUUUCUGAUUUUCUUACUCUUUCCUCAUCUAUUUUUCGAUAUUUUCUUUUUUUCUUUCUUUCUUUCUUUCUUUCUUUCUUUCUUUCUUUCUUUCCACAACAGCUCUCUGCUUUCUUUUUCUUUCAACUAUAUUGUCAUAUUUAUUUCGUUUUUCUCUCUAUACAACGUCUUUUUCUUUCUUUCUUUCGUUUUCUUUAUAUUUUCUUUCUUUCUUUCUUUCUUUCUUUCUUUCUUUCUUUCUUUCUUUUUGUCUUUCUUUUUUUCAUUCUUUCGUUCUUUCUUUCUUUCCACAAGUCUUCGGUUUCUUUUACUUUCAACGACAUUUCUUUGUUCUUUCUAUCCAUUGUCUUUUCUUUUCUUUUCUUUUCUUUCUUUUUCCUAUCUUUAUUUCUUUUUCUUUUUUCUCUCUUUCUUUUUUCUAGUGUAUUAUCUAUUUUUGCUUUCAUUUUACGUUUUAUAAUAUUGUCUACAUUUCAUUUUGUCUUUCUUUCUUUUUUUUCUUUCUUACAAAUAUUGUCUGCCUUUCUUGUCUUUCUUUAUUCUUUUAACAAUUUUUGUUUUCCCUUUUCUUUCGAUGAUAUUCCAUAUUUUUUUCUUUCUUUUUUUACACCAUAUUGUCGCCUUUUCGAUCUUUAUUUUUCCACAAUGUCUUCUUUUUUUUUUUUUGCUUUCCUUUUCCAUCUAUUGUAUUGUUUACAUUUUCAUGCUUCUCUUUUUCUUUACAGCGAUAUGACUGACUCUAUACAAAUAAAUAUCACAGAAGACAAGAGAAGGUGUCAGUUAGAUGAACAUGAACAUGAAAACUAA